AUGAUAAAGGUACUCAAUAGACUCGGGAAUCGUGUUGAGGUGUUUGAUAUUGCACUGUUGGGCUCAGUUGCGUCGUUUGUCGGAUUCUCAGCCGCUGUUUCCCGUGAUCAUCAUUUUUCCCGGCAGACUGGCCCCUCAAAUCACUUUUAUCAUCCACCUCAGCUUCAGCGCGUUCAUGUACAUCCGAAGGCCUUGGCUGAUGAUGCCACUGAUCCUAUUCCCACACUAGAACCAUUCUAUCCACCACAGCCGUAUCAAUUUGGAUUCGACACUAUUGAUGAGUACGGCACGAAAAUGACACGGCAUGAAGAAUCGGAUGAACACAACCGAAAAAAAGGCUCAUAUUCAUUCACGGACCCUCAUGGGAUUACGAGAAGAGUUGAUUAUGUUGCUGACGAACAUGGCUUCAGGGCGACCAUCAAUACGGAUGAACCUGGCACAGCACCAUCGCACCCUGCAUCAGCAAUCAUAAAUUCGCCAGCGUCGCCUCCACCUGCUUUGGAAGCUUCGGCUUCCUAUAAAUCACCUGUCGUUUAUACUCGAAGAGGACCGAUCUAUCGAGAAGCUAGCUACCACGUUGCUAAUGAACGUCACCGACCGUACAGACAUUCAUAA